AAGACGUAUAUUGUUAUUUUACCCUGUAAAUAUAUAAAACCUGACCAUCUACUUUUCAUAAAAGAUCACUUAACAAAUCAAUUUUACAAAAAAAUGUAUAGAAUAAAUGCAUAUUGUUCAAUAACUAUUGCAAUUUUCAUUUAACACCUUACCUUUUUAAAACAAACUACAUCCGCUAAACAAAGCUCUUCAUUCGGGAAGGCGAGAAAAGACUGGAAAUACUGAUUUGACAUUGGGCAGUCAUAUUCUUGAGGGACUGACUCUACAAUGGAUGAUGACAUGUCCUUAGAUUUCCUAUUCCACGACCAGAGAAGCCUAAAGAAAUCAUCUAACAACCUUUUAACAGCCACUGUGAAACCAACAGUGCCUGACCCUCCUUCACUCACACAGGAGGUGUCUUUGUCCCAGGCAUUUAAGUCUACCGCUGAUGUACCAUUGUCUCAGAUAGUAAAGCCAUCACAACAGCCUGCAUCUUCAGGAAGACGGCGUCCACUGUUCAAGGCACCCUUUAAACAGGCAUUGGCUCGUGAUAAAGAUCCCUUUUUUCGAAGUGGGCAUAAUGGACAGGAGAGAAAUGUUGAGAAUUCAAGGAGGUUUUCUAAAGAGUACGAUGAUGUAACAAUAGAGGUCUCCCAGCAAGCAACUCAACAUUGGCAGAAAUCACCACGGAGCCAAAAAUUAAAUGAAUGUCCAGAUGAAAAUACAUAUACAAAUACAGAAGACUACAACGUGUAUGAGAAUUCAGCAGAUUUUGGGACAACUAGUAAUGAACCAUAUCAUGGUACACUAGAGACAUCUUUACAUAGAGACAGACCUCAUUUGCAUACAUACCACCAAACUGCAGAGACAUCUUUCAAUGAUGAGAGACAUUCACAAGAAGAUAUGUUUGGUACACAAACUCCACUUAGGAGAGGGACUAGAGACUGUAAUGAUACACCUAGGUCUUUACACAUACAAGGCAUAACUCCAGGUGGAUCAAGGACUGAUAUAUCCAAGUUACGUCCAGUAGCAGAGCUCCCUGGUCGCUAUAGGAACAUCUUCAAUUUUCCUUAUUUUAACAUUGUGCAGUCUAAAGUCUUGGAUGAUGUGCUGUAUACAGACACACCUACGGUAGUGUGUGCUCCCACAGGGUCAGGCAAAACGGUCUUAUUUGAGCUUGCCAUAAUACGCCUUUUGAUGCAAAUGGGAGGUCAUGUCACCAGCAACUUUAAGGUUGUGUACAUGGCACCCAUGAAAGCACUCUGCAGUGAGAGAAUGGAAGAUUGGAGAAUGAAGUUUGGACCACUUGGUCUAGAAUGCAAAGAACUCACUGGUGAUACUGAACUGGACGACUACUUUGAACUGCAACAAGUGAACAUUGUCAUGACAACGCCAGAAAAAUGGGACAGCAUGACUCGGAAGUGGAGAGACAACAAGUCAUUGGUUCAGAUGGUAAAGCUUUUCAUGGUGGAUGAGGUUCAUCUACUGAAUGACUCAUCAAGGGGAGCUACAAUGGAAGCUGUGGUGUCACGGAUGAAGACUGUACAGGCCUCAAUGGUGAGAGAGACCAACUCAGACAGUCCCAGUCUUCGUGUGAUUGCUGUUUCUGCAACACUAACUAACAUUGAAGAUAUCGCUGAAUGGUUGGGCAGUAAAGAUGAACCAGCCUGUUUCCACAAGAUGGAUGACAGCCAUAGGCCAGUGAAGUUACGUAAGGUAACCCUUGGUUUCCCCUGUGCCAAGAAUGCAUCAGAAUUCCGAUUUGACCUGUCACUAAACUACAAAAUAGCAGGGGUGAUCAGUACAUACUCGGAAAACAAACCAACAUUAGUGUUCUGUGCAACGAGGAAGAGUGUGCAGCAAGGAGCAGCCACAUUGGUGAAAGAUGCAAAGUUUAUCAUGAAUAUAGAACAUAAACAGAAAUUACAACUCACUGCUAAUUCACUAAGAGAUUCUAAGUUGAGAGACACAGUGUUGUACGGUGUAGGCUUCCAUCAUGCUGGGCUUGACAUGCAUGAUCGUAAAGCAAUGGAAGAGCUUUUCUUAUCUGGAGAUCUGCCUGUUCUGUUUGCUACAAGUACUCUAGCUAUGGGUGUCAACCUACCAGCUCACUUAGUAAUCAUAAAGUCCACACAACACUAUGUGAUGGGAGUAUACCAGGAGUAUAGUGAAACUCAAGUGUUGCAGAUGAUUGGAAGAGCUGGCAGGCCACAGUUUGAUGACACAGCAACUGCUGUUAUAAUGACCCGUAUGGAAACCAAACAGAAAUAUGAGUCAUUUCUAAAUGGUGCUCAGCUCAUCGAAAGCAGUUUACAUGAACACCUGAUUGAACACUUGAAUGCAGAGAUUGUACUGAACACUAUAACUGACAUCUCAGUUGCUUUAGAGUGGAUUAGGUCAACAUUUCUGUAUAUACGAAUCAUGAAAAAUCCUAAACACUAUGGUCUUCCAGAAGGUCUCAAUAAAGAGCAAGUUGAGAAAAGGUUGCAAGAAUUGUGCCUGAAGAACCUGGACAAUCUUGAGAAGGUGGAACUUGUUAAAAUGGAUGAGGACCACUUUGUGACCAAAUCCACAGAGACUGGUAGACUGAUGGCAAGGUACUGCAUAGCAUAUGAUACAAUGAAGCAAUUCACAAACCUGACUGGCAAAGAGGCAAUCAAUGAACUGUUGGUUCUACUGUCAAGCUGUAAGGAGUUUAGAGAUGUCCAGCUCAGGGUGAAUGAAAGACGAGUGCUAAACACACUGAAUAAAGACAAGCAUAGGAUAACAAUAAGAUUCCCAAUGGAUGGAAAGAUCAAAACAAAUGAGAUGAAAGUCAAUUGCUUGAUCCAGGCCCAGUUUGGCUGUCUCUCUAUACAGGAUUUUGCCCUUACGCAGGACAUCAACAAAAUCUUCAGGGCAGCUCAAAGGGUUAUUAAAUGUAAGUUAAAUUCAUUUGCAUCUGAUUCAACAGUCACUUUACUAAGAAGUGCUUCUGAGUUUGGGGAGUAA